AGGGCUGGUACUGCGGUGGCCGGGGCUGACCUCCGGCCGCGCCCGGUCCUUCCUCCAAUCUGGGCGGGGCUGAGGCUGCGCCGCCCGGCCGGCGAGUGCGAGGACCUGCGCGGGGCAGUGCGGCCGCUCCGCCGCGGCUGCGGGGCCGCCCGCCUCUCCCGCAGUUGGGGCCGGCGCGGCCAUUUUGGCUGAGGGCUCGAAGACAAAGCCUCAGGGAGACGCCGGCGGCGUCAUCUGGGCACGGUUGCGUAGGAGCAAAGUUCCUGAGGCCGCAUGGCCGCCAUUUCUGAGGAAGGCGUCUUCAGUUCUGAUUCCGUGUGCCUCAGCCACCACCUCUCCGUUUGUAGCCUCCCUCGGGGGCCCCGAGGGGCCGGUGCCCGCUCUCCCGGCGUUCUCGAGCGCGGGAGGCUCCGCUAGGGGCCGCGCUGGCCUGUCGCCGGGGCUGGCAUGGCCCAUGGCGCCUCCUCUGGUCCCGCUCCCCGCACGGGAACCACCCGGGCCCGAGCGCGAGGGGAGGGAGGCCGGGUCCGUGAGCUUCGCGGACGUGGCCGUGUACUUCUCCCCGGAGGAGUGGGGGUGUCUGCGGCCCGCGCAGAGGGCCCUGUACCGGGACGUGAUGCGGGAGACCUACGGGCACCUGGGCGCGCUCGGAUUCAGAGGCACCAAGCCAGCCCUCAUCUCCUGGGUGGAGGAAGAGGCUGAACUAUGGUCUCAGGAUGCCCAGGAUCCGGUGGGAGAGUGUCUGGCAAAAGCAGACACAGAUUCCAGAAACAGGGGAGAAGAAGGACAAAGAGAAGAGACUGAGGCAUUGGAGGAGAUCCUUUCUGUGGAUGCUCGGCCUCCUGGGCUGAAGGCUGUCAAAACAACUUCUGCUGGGCUCCCCAGUGGUAUAGAGCAGCCAUCCCGGGCACCUCGCCGAGGUCGCCCCCCACUCUGUGCCCAUCCCCCUGUCCCAAGGGCAGACCAGCGUCAUGGCUGCUACAUGUGCGAGAAGAGUUUUGCCUGGCGCUCCACCCUAGUGGAGCAUCUGUAUACCCACACAGGUGAGAAGCCCUUCUGCUGCCCUGACUGUGGCAAGGGCUUUAGCCAGGCCUCUUCUCUGAGCAAGCACCGGGCGAUCCACCGUGGGGAGCGGCCCCACCUCUGUCCGGACUGCGGCCGGGCUUUCACCCAGCGCUCUGCCCUCAUCACCCACCUACGGGUCCACACGGGCGAGAAGCCCUACCGCUGUGCCGACUGUGGCCGCUGCUUCAGCCAGAGCUCUGCCCUCUACCAGCACCAGCGGGUCCACAGUGGCGAGACCCCUUUCCCCUGCCUGGAUUGUGGCCGCGCCUUUGCCCAUGCCUCAGACCUUCGGCGCCAUCUCCGCACCCAUACGGGUGAGAAGCCCUACCCGUGCCCAGACUGUGGACGCUGCUUCCGACAGAGCUCCGAAAUGGCAGCCCAUCGGCGUACCCACAGUGGUGAACGCCCCUACCCCUGUCCUCAGUGUGGCAGGUGCUUUGGCCAGAAGUCAGCCAUGGCCAAGCACCAGUGGGUCCACAGGCCUGGUGCUGGGGGGCGCAGGGGCCGGGGGGCCAGUGGGUUGCCUGUGCCCCUGGCCCCUGGCCCAGGGGACCUAGACCCACCUGUGGGCUUCCAGCACUAUCCAGAGAUAUUCCAGGAGUUCGUGAAGCCCCUCACCUCCGAGGCCACGACGCGUGGGGGUUGUGAGGGCCCCAGGGCAAGCCGAGACCUUGUGGGUGGGGGCGGGACCGCGGGUAGGGGAGGGGCCCGGCGGGCCGGAGAGGCCCAGGGUCAAGACGUCAGGCCUUGGGGGCCGGGGCUGGACAGCCGGGUCUCCUGGGCGGCGCUGAGCGGACGGGCGGCGAGGCCCGGGUCUCAGGGCACUCAGGCCGGGUCGCAGGAUCGUCCGCCAUCGCCGCUGCCGCCGCACUGGGAGCCAGCGGGGAUGGAAAGGGAGGCGUCGCCGUGGGGCCUCGAGCCCCAGGAUGUGCAAAGUCCUGACGAAAUGGGGAGCCCCCAAGGGUCCCUCCAAGGCAACAUGAGUGAGAAUGAGGAAGAAGGAAUUUCUCAGCAAGAAGACACUGGGGACUAUGAGGUCGAAGAAAUACCUUUUGGGCUUGAACCCCAGAGCCCUGGGUUUGAGCCACAAAACCCAGAGUUUGAAUCCCAAAGCCCCAGGUUUGAGCCUGAAAGCCCAGGUUUUGAGUCCCACAGCCCUGGGUUUGUGCCCCCAAGCCCUGAAUUUGCACCCAGAAGCUCUGAAUCAGAUUCUCAGAGCCCUGAGUUUGAACCCCAGAGCCCUAGGUAUGAGCCCCACAGCCCUGGGUAUGAAUCCAAGAGCCCAGGGUAUGAACCCCAAAACCCUGUAUUUGAACCCCAGAAUCCUGAGUUCAAAACCCAAAGCCCUGAAUUUGAAGCUCAAAGUUCCAGAUUCCAGGAAGGUGCAGAGAUGAUUCUGAAUCCAGAGGAAAAGAAUCCCUUGAGCAUCCCCUUGGGAGUCCACCCCUUGGACUCCUUCACCCAGGGGUUUGGGGAGCAGCCCACAGGGGGUCUGCCCCUAGGGCCACCUUUUGAGAUGCCCACAGGGGCCCUACUGGCUUCCCCCGAUUUUGCGAUGCUCCAGAAUCCUCUGGGCCUGACAGGGACCCUUCGGGGUCCAGGCCGACGGGGUGGUAGGGCCAGGGGUGGGCAGGGCCCUCGACCUAACAUCUGUGGCAUCUGCGGGAAGAGCUUUGGGCGAGGCUCCACCCUGAUCCAGCACCAGCGCAUCCAUACGGGUGAGAAGCCCUAUAAAUGUGAGGUCUGUAGCAAGGCCUUCUCCCAGAGCUCUGACCUCAUCAAACACCAGCGCACCCACACGGGUGAGCGGCCCUACAAGUGUCCCCGUUGUGGCAAGGCCUUCGCUGACAGCUCUUACCUGCUUCGCCACCAGCGCACCCACUCUGGUCAGAAGCCCUAUAAGUGCCCGCACUGUGGCAAGGCCUUCGGUGACAGCUCCUACCUCCUGCGGCACCAGCGCACCCACAGCCACGAGCGGCCCUACAGCUGCCCCGAGUGCGGCAAGUGCUACAGCCAGAACUCAUCCCUGCGUAGUCACCAGAGGGUGCACACCGGGCAAAGGCCCUUCAGCUGUGGCAUCUGUGGAAAGAGCUUCUCCCAGCGUUCGGCACUUAUCCCCCAUGCCCGCAGCCAUGCCCGCGAGAAGCCCUUCAAGUGCCCUGAGUGUGGCAAGCGCUUUGGCCAGAGCUCUGUGCUGGCCAUCCAUGCCCGCACCCAUCUGCCAGGCCGCACCUACAGCUGCCCUGACUGCGGCAAGACCUUCAACCGUUCCUCUACACUGAUUCAGCACCAGCGUUCCCACACCGGUGAGCGGCCCUACAGAUGUGCUGUGUGUGGCAAGGGCUUCUGCCGCUCUUCAACGCUGCUGCAGCAUCACCGGGUCCACAGUGGGGAGCGGCCCUACAAGUGCGAUGACUGUGGAAAGGCCUUCUCACAGAGCUCCGACCUCAUCCGCCACCAGCGGACCCAUGCAGCUGGCCGGCGCUGACCUGGGGCCCUGUCAGGGGCGGGGAGGUGCUGGGCAGAAGAGAAGAGGACAGGGAACUAGAGAAAUCUUUAGAGACACUAGUGGAAAAGCUGAAGGAGAAAAAAGGAAUUGACGAUUCUAGGAGGAGAGGGGGCCAGGGUGGAGGAAGUUACAUGCCCUGGAGACUUAUGGGAAAUGGGCUAUGAAGAGGGGUUGGAGGGAGGCCAGACAGGCUGCAGGAGGCUCUGGGAGAGAUCCAGAAAGAGGUCAGCAGAGAGCAGGCCUCAGCAGCAGUAUGCCCCUUGAUAGCUGCCUCGCUUGGCAAAGUGCUAGGUGGGAGUGGGGGGAGGGAGGGGGAACGUUACUUAAUUAGAGUGGGGUAGCUUAGAUUGGUAGCUACUGAGACCCUCAUUGAGUCAGAGAGGGGUGAGGGUAGGUGG